GCUAGCUAGAAAUUAAAAGCUGACAACACACCACUGACACCCAGCAAAACUACUACGAUCCAUUCGGAUAAAGAAGGGAGCCCAAACUGGAAAAUGGAUCCUUGUGAAUGCUCCAAAACUGGAUCUUGCAACUGCGGUGGAUCCUGCAAGUGCUCCAACUGCGCAUGCACCAGUUGUAAGAAAGCAAGUUGCUGUGACUGCUGUCCCUCCGGCUGCAGCAAGUGUGCCUCAGGCUGCGUGUGCAAGGGCAAGACUUGUGAUACCAGCUGUUGUCAGUAAGGCCUGUGUAUGACAUCACAAUGCAGUCCAUUCCCUAUGACUGAAGUUGUACCAUCUUGAGCAUAGAUUUUGUACAUUGUCAAAUGUAAGGCAAUAAAUUGCAUCUAACUUA